AUGAGCAAACUAUCCGCUCAGACACUGUCCCAGCUUUCGCAAGCCGCCGACGAUGCAUGUACAGACCAGAUAGCUGGUAUCCCGGGUGCGGUGGUUGUGGUUGUCGGUAAGGAUGGCAAGGAACUCUUCUCCCAUGCAGCCGGAAGACGUGGAGCAGGCAGCCAUGAGCCUAUGACCCUCGAUAGUGUGUUUUGGAUCGCAUCGUGUACGAAGAUGAUAGUGGGCGUUGCUGUGAUGCAGCUUGUUGAGAGGGGUGUAUUAAGCUUGGAUGACUCGGCGCAGGUGGAAUCGCUUUGUCCAGAACUGAAAGCGGUUCAGGUCUUGAAGGCCGAUGGAACUCUCGUGCCGAAGAAGCGAGGCAUCACACUCCGCAUGCUGCUGUCUCACACUGCAGGAUUUGGAUACACCUUCUUCAAUGAGAAGCUAAGAGACUUCAGUCGACCCGCGGGUUGGGACGAAUUCUCCGGGUUAGAGUUCGACAUCAAGCAGCCGCUCGUGCAUCAACCCGGCGAGGGUUGGGAAUAUGGGCUCGGCAUCGACUGGGCAGGAAAAGUAUUGGAAAGAGCAACAGGCCGUACGCUUGAAGAAUACUGCCAGGAAAAGAUUUACGCCCCGCUCGGACUGAAGAAUGUUUCCAUGAAGCCGCACGCCGAGAUGUUGAGAAAUUUGGCAUAUAUGAACAGCCGAGAUGGAAACGGAAAGCUCUCAAGGAGGGACCACCUGCUGAGACGCCCUUUGUUACCAGACGAGAGCCAUUCACCUAGCUUCUUCUACAGCGGGGGAGCCGGGUGCUUUGCAAAGCCCCGAGAAUAUGCCCAAAUUCUGGCAAUGCUCCUAAAUGACGGCACGUCGCCCACGACCGGCGCACAGAUUCUCUCCCCGUCAACCGUGGAAAUCAUGUUCCAGAAUCAGAUCACCCAAUUUCCAAACUUCGCACGUCAAAGCAUCCCGGCUGCGAAGCCGGAUCUGACAAACGCUAUACCGGAGAUAUAUCCCGUACCUGGCAAUGGCCCGCAGGGUUGGGGGUUGACAUUUAUGUUGAGCGGUGCAGGCGCAACCGGAAGAUCUGCAAGCACUGCAUUUUGGGCAGGCCUACCUAAUCUUUGGUGGUGGUGCGAUCGAGAGAAGGGGGUUGCUGGCAUCGUCGCCACGCAGCUAUUGCCUUUUGCAGACGGGCAAGUAUUGAAUCUAUGGGGUAAGAUCGAGUCGGCGGUCUACCAGGCUUUGUAG